UCCUAGCCCCCGGCUGGGCCUCGCUCUGUCCCCAGCGCUGCGCCUUGCUCCGGCCCCAGCCUGCUGCCUGGGCUGAGCUGUUGAGCAACGUCCCGGCUCUGCUCACCUCUUCCCGGCAGCGGUUUCCCGUGCUCCGGCCUGAGCCAGGGAUUAGAGCGGGGCUCGUUGUGCCGCGGGGAAGGAGCCUGUCGCUGCCGGAGGCGGGAAUCUGCAGUGUCGUGCCAGGCCCCAGGCGCGGAAGAGGGGGAGAGCCGGGCCAGCGGACGCGUGAGCAGAGCUCCCGGCUGGAAUGCACCAGCUCAGCAAGGGAUUGUCCUCCCGGGGCUGCGCGGGCACUGCGCCGUGAGUCUGGGACGGCCGCCUGGGCCAUGGCGGCAGCAGACACCCCUUCAGCCACUCUCCGGCACCACGACCUGUGCAGCCGCGGCAUCCGCCUGGCCAGGAAGAUGCGCUCAGACGUCACCGACCUCCUGGACAUCUACGUGGAGCGGCAGGGCCUGGACGCCUCCAUCAGCGUGGCGGCGGUGGAUGGGGUGCCGGCGGCAGCGGCAGAGCGCUGGGCAGAGCAGACCGGCACCCAGCGCCUCCUGGACAACCUGGCAGCCUACCGGGCCUUCCGCACACUGCUGGCACAGAUGCUGGAGGAGCAGCGGGAGCAGCUGGGAGACGCCGAUGCUGAGCUGGGCCCGGCGCUGGCGGCCGUGCUGCUGCAGGUCUCGGCCUUUGCCUACCACCUGGAGGAGCUGCUGGAGCUGGAGAGCCGCGGGGCCCCCGCUGAGGAGGGCUCCGAGCCCCCUGCACCCCCACGCCUCAGCCUCUUUGAGCAGAAGCUGCGGGGCCUGGGGGUGCUGCGGGAGCUGGCCCAGUGGGCCGUCAGGUCGGUGCGGGACCUGCGGCAGCUCUCCAAGCACGGCCCAGGCAGUGGCACAGCGCUGGGUCUGCCCGAGAGCCAGUGAUGGAGGUGUGGGGAGCCCCGGCCCAGACAGGGCUUAGCUGGGGGCCCAUCUCUGUGCGGGGCUGCUGACAGGCGCGGGAGCUUCCGGGAGCGAAGGGGCCACGCUACUAACCAGGGCCCUUCUGCUUCCUAAUGGGCCCCUUUCCCUGUGGUGGAAACUUAGGUACAGGGAGGGAACUCCUGGCGAGGUGGGCCUUGUGGACGACCCGCAACCCCACCAUGGCCUGGAAGCCAUGACUCCCGGUGUGCUGUGCAGGGCCGUCCUGUUCUGUGGGACCGGGUUGCUGCUGUCUCCUGAUGGCCGGGUGAUGCUUCUGGAGGAGGGGAGCUGCCUCGGGGUUAUUGCAGGGGUGAGAGCGAUGUGGAGGCACCACCUGGUGAAAGGUGGCUCAGGAAUUGUCCCCCUCUCUGCAAGGUCUGAGGCUUUGCCUCGUUCAGGUGCUCCCUUUUCUCUCCGCUCCUGCACAGCUCCCACCCUGCCUGUGUGUUCUGCGUGCUGAAUUUCUGCUCUGACUGCUUGGGGCCGUUCUCAGGAGGGGAGUGGGAUUUGAGCCGGAUGGCAUUUCUUAGCUGGUCGGACAGGGUAUAGAGAAGGUAUUUAUAUAGAAGGCUGACUGGAAAGACCCUCUGCCAGAGGCUUCUUGCCUCUGGGAGCUGUUUUAAGACUGGAGAGGGAGAAGCGAACAGCCACUGUUGGCCACUGUUUUCUUCCAGGGUGGCUGUGGUGGAUGCUGAGCAAAUAAAGCAUGUGGAGAGCCACUGGGGUGCUGUGACUUCU